AUGUUUUCCAGUGGUCAUGGCACUGCUGGUGCUGCUAGUGUAACAACGUGUAACUUACCCUCCGAGGUUGGUCCGUGCAGAGACAUUCAAGAAAGGUGGUACUUUGAUACGCAGAUGCAAAAAUGUCUGCCUUUUCAAUAUGGAGGUUGUGAAGGAAACGCAAACAAUUUUGCAACCAUGGAUGAAUGUUCUUCAAGUUGC